AAGAAACGCAAAGACAGCAGAGAGCAGCAGUUAGACCAUCAAGAGUUUGCGUGUUGCCGACUCCGAUUGAUAUUACGACUUCUGGUGAUUGUUGUUAUUAUUGUCGUACUGCAAAUCUUCGUCACAGUCGCAGAAGCUGCUGCAGCUGCAGCAACAACGACGACAGCUACGACGGCAGCUACGAUUGCCGCCACGGCAUUCACCGAGAUGGUCGGCCUGGCGGGCGGGGGUGCGCACCUAUACCCCUCACCCCCCAUGCAGCCUAACCCUGAGUUGAGGGAGAUGCCAGGGAUCACUCCAGCCAAUGCUCCAACAAGUGCUGACGCUUGUUUGAGCAUUGUUCACUCCCUGAUGUGCCAUCGUCAGGGAGGCGAGAGUGAAAACUUCAGUAAGCGUGCUAUUGAAUCUUUAGUAAAGAAAUUGAAGGAAAAGCGAGACGAGUUGGACAGUUUAAUAACGGCAAUCACAACAAACGGAGCGCAUCCAAGCAAAUGCGUGACGAUCCAGAGGACACUGGACGGUCGUCUACAAGUUGCAGGUCGCAAGGGCUUCCCACACGUGAUUUAUGCCAGAAUCUGGAGGUGGCCUGAUCUUCACAAAAAUGAGCUCAAGCACGUCAAGUACUGCCAAUACGCGUUUGACCUCAAAUGCGAUUCCGUCUGCGUUAAUCCUUACCACUAUGAGCGCGUUGUCUCACCUGGUAUAGACCCCUUUUUUACAGACCUCUCGGGCCUUACCCUGCAAUCCGGCGUCGGAGUCGGCCCAGGCGGACGUUUGGUCAAGGAUGAGUACAGCGUCGGAGGUGGUGGCACAGCCGCGGCCGCAGCAGCUGCCGGAGUUGCCGUUGGGCCAGGGAUGGACGUCGACGGCGAGAUGAACCAGACGAUACAGCACCAUCCGCCCGCCCAAUCGGUGACGACCAGCAGCUCCCAACAGUCCCAGCAGUCGUUCAUGCCGGGCAUGCCUGGGCAGUCGGCAAGUGCUAAUAACGGGAGCGAGGGCAUGUUUAACGGGGCAGUUGGUCCCAGUGCGAAUCCCCACGUGAAGCUGGACGAUAGUAGCCCGCGCCCCCGGCAGAGCUGGACCAUUCCCGCGUCGCACCGUCCCUCAGCGCUAAACAUGCACCAUUGCAACCAACAGCAAUCCUUGAACUCAACGAGUGGCAGCAGCAGUGGGCAAAUACUGAAUCCUUCGCAGGGUCAGAGUGGCGAGGGUGGCUUCUACAACACAAACACACCACCCCAGGAUUUAAACCAAGCGCAAACGUCCGUCGAUGCACUGGCAGCUUCGCUCACCGCAGGUGGAAGCCAAAGUUCGCCAGUCUCGCCUGUGCACCUUCACCAUCAGAACAAUGGUUUUGCGGUCGCGAACGCCGCCAAUCCUUACAACACGGGUGCACCCCAGUGGACAGGCGCCAACACCCUCACUUACACUCAGAGCAUGCAACCCCCCGAUCACAGACACCUGCAUCCUUCCUCUUACUGUGAGUAUUUACGUUUGCCAUAUACUGUUGUUACUUCGAUUUAUUAUAUUGCAUUUCUUGUACGUGCUUCUUUUCUUUUCUCAGGGGGUAAUCAUGGGGGCGAUGUAGCUGGGAGCGUAAGUGGCGGUCUGUUGUCGAGUCAGCCGGCGCCUGAGUACUGGUGCUCGGUUGCGUACUUCGAGCUCGACACCCAAGUCGGUGAGACCUUCAAGGUGAGCAGUGGCUGUCCCAACGUGACGAUCGACGGCUACGUUGAUCCAAGCGGUGGUAAUCGCUUCUGCCUCGGUGCCCUUAGUAACGUCCAUCGUACCGAGCAGAGCGAACGAGCUCGACUCUACAUCGGCAAGGGAGUUGUGCUCGAUUUGAGAGGCGAGGGCGACGUCUGGCUGCGGUGCCUCAGCGAGCACAGCGUAUUCGUGCAGUCUUAUUAUUUGGAUCGCGAGGCCGGCCGAGCGCCCGGCGACGCUGUCCAUAAAAUCUACCCGGCGGCCUACAUCAAAGUAUUCGAUCUUCGUCAGUGUCACAAGCAAAUGAGAGCCCAGGCUGCGACGGCCCAGGCGGCUGCUGCUGCACAGGCUGCCGCUGUGGCCGGGCAUCUCACUCACGGAGCACCAAUCACGAAGAGUUUGAGCGCUGCUGCCGGCAUUGGGGUUGACGAUUUUCGACGUCUGUGCAUCUUACGACUGAGUUUCGUCAAAGGCUGGGGACCCGACUAUCCCAGGCAGAGCAUCAAAGAGACGCCCUGUUGGAUAGAGGUACACUUACACAGAGCCUUGCAACUCCUUGACGAAGUACUACACACGAUGCCAAUAGACGGGCCAAGGGGUAUCGAGUAGCCGUAACUAAGCUGUGAAAUCAUCAAUUACCUUUACCCCGAUGACUUUUCUUUUUGUACAAAGAUGGGAUAUGAUGCGCACGGUGUGCCUAAAAAUCACAUGUCAGAGAUAAAACAAGAUUAAAUAGUAUAAAGCGAAACACAGGGAAGUCAAAAGCUUGAAAGGAGACGUUACUGCUGUCUGCAUUGUCUUUGAUCCCCAAGAGAUUUGAGAAAAAACCAAAUGAACCAGUGAUGAUGACAAGAAAGAGAGAGAGAGAUAGAUCAAUAGUUAAGUAACAUACAAUGAUAAUCAUCAAAGGUGAGUGUAAUGAAAGAAACAAGAAAAACAAUAAUUUUUGUUUUGCAUAGACAACAUCGUGGCAUGUGCACAAAGGUAAGCUUUUUGGUGUGUUUUCGAGGUUAAACAAGAAAAA